AUGGAUGGAAUCAAAUACGCAGUAUUUACAGAAAAAAGUCUUCGUUUAUUGGGAAAGAAUCAAUAUACUUUUAAUGUCGAAUCGGGAUUCACUAAGACAGAAAUAAAGCAUUGGGUCGAACUCUUCUUUGGUGUUAAGGUGGUAGCUGUGAAUAGCCAUCGACUACCUGGAAAAGGUAGAAGAAUAGGACCUAUUCUGGGCCAUACAAUGCAUUACAGACGUAUGAUCAUUACCCUUCAACCGGGUUAUUCUAUUCCACUUCUAGAUAGAGAAAAAAACUAA